AUGAGUGACGAGGAGUUUGACAUUGCAAGCAAUCUUGUGGCCGACGGCGUCGACAGCGACUCCGACCGCCAGGACAGCGACGCUGACGUGCAGGACGAGAUUGUGAGCAGCGGCGACGAGAGCUCGGACGAGGAACCGGCUGCAAAGAAGCCGAGGCUCGAUCCGUCCAAAUUCCCUAGUUUGGAGCUGUCUGACGACGACGACCAGGAAACGACGAACUAUUUUCUGAACCAGCCGCUUGCCAAGAAGGCCAAGAGUGGCACGUUUGCGUCGUUCGGCCUUUCGAAGUACAUUCUCGCGAACCUGAGCAAGAAAGGGUACAAGCAGCCCACCCCUAUUCAGAGAAAGACUAUUCCUCUGAUCAUGUCCAACAGAGACGUGGUUGGAAUGGCCCGAACCGGUUCCGGUAAGACUGCGGCGUUUCUGCUGCCGCUGAUCGAAAAACUGAAGACGCACGUGGCCAAGAUCGGUGUCAGGGCGAUCGUCCUGUCGCCGUCGCGAGAGCUGGCUAUGCAGACGUCCAAGCAGUUCAAGGAGUUCAGCCGCGGGUCGGAUCUGCGGUCGCUGCUGCUGAUUGGUGGAGACUCGAUGGAGGACCAGUUUGGCGCCAUGAUGGCCAACCCGGACGUGAUCAUCGCCACGCCCGGCCGUUUCUUGCACCUCAAGACAGAAAUGCAGCUUGACCUGCGCACAGUGGAGUACAUUGUGUACGACGAGGCGGACCGGCUGUUCGAGAUGGGAUUUGCCGAGCAGCUGAACGAGCUGCUCGCGGCGUUGCCCGAGAAAAGGCAGUCGAUGCUGUUUUCUGCCACGCUGCCGCGCAACCUCGUGGACUUUGCCAAGGCCGGGCUGACGAACCCGGUGCUGGUGCGGCUGGACUCCGAGACGAAGAUCUCGGACGAGCUGCAGAUGUGCUUCAUCAGCACAAAGAAGAACGAGCGCGAGGCCAACCUGCUGCUGCUUUUGCAGGAGGUGAUCAAAAUGCCGGUGGCCACGCCGGAGGAGCUCAGACGGCUGGACGCGGCGAACCGGCUGGACGACGAGGACUCGGAGGACGAGGCGGACGGCAAGAAGAAACAGAAGAAACGGCCCAGACGCGAGAAGCUGCCGCGCGCGGGCGAGCUGCCGACAAAACACUCGACAAUUGUGUUUGUGCCGACGAAGCAUCACGUGGAGUACGUCACGUUACUGCUCAAGGACGCCGGGUACGCCACCGCGUACAUCUACGGGUCGCUGGACCAGCACGCGCGGCGCAGACAGCUGCUGAACUUCCGUGCCGGGCUGUGUCCGAUCCUUGUGGUGACCGACGUGGCCGCGCGCGGAAUAGACAUCCCGGUGCUGGCAAACGUGAUCAAUUACUCGUUCCCGUCGUCGUCCAAGAUAUUUGUGCACCGUGUGGGGCGGACGGCGAGAGCGGGCAACAGCGGGUGGGCGUACUCGAUCGUGGGCGAGGCGGAGCUGCCGUACCUGCUCGACUUGGAGGUUUUUCUCGGGCGCAAGGUGCUUUUGACGUCGAUGCACGAGAAAAAAGUGCAGCUGCUCAAGGACAAGUAUCUGGAGCAGCACGGCAGCGUGGCCGGGUUCCGGGAGCCGAAGCUGUCGUACACUGAGCGGCUGGUGCUGGGCAGUGCGCCGCGGAAGCUGAUUGGCGAGCUGCAGGAGUUGUACGAGACGAUCAUGAAGCACAACUACGAUAUCCGGUCCCUGAAGGCCGUUGCCGACAAGGGAGAGCAGCUGUACUUCCGGACUCGGAGCGGGGCCAGUGUUGAGUCGCUGCGUCGGGCAAAGGAGAUUGUGAACCUGGGCUGGGACGAGCAGAAUCUAUUGUUUGGCAAGAACGAGGAGCUGGAAAAAGAGCAGUUUCUGGCCAAGCUGCAGAACCGGAAAAAUAAAGAGACCGUUUUCGAGUUUGGCAAGCGCGACGACUCGCUCGUGGACCUCAUGAACACGAGACGGCGCCAGAUCGCGUCUGUGCAGCGCAAGGCCCAGGAAAGACGCGAGCUGCUGGAGCUGGAGCGUGUUUCUGGGCUGACGCACACUCUGGAGGACGAGCUGUUCAAGGACGAGCAGGGCGUUGAGGUCGGGUACAACGUGAACGAGGACGAGCUGCGGCGGACGUUUGAGGACGGCGACGUUGUGCUGGAGUCGAAAAAGGCCAAGAAGAAGUCGUUCAAAGACCCAAACUACUACAUUUCGCACUAUGCGCCGGCAUCGGCGAUCCAGGAGCAGCAGCUUUCGCUGGACGCCGGGUUCACGGCGGAGGCGAACUGGGCAGCGUUCGACAUCGACGCGGAGGACGAGAAGGUGGCUGUGCAGCGCCAGACGGCACGGGUGCUCUGGGACAAGAAGGCGGGCAAGUACAAAAAAGUGCAGGACGACAAAAAAUACAUCAUUGGCGAGUCGGGCCAGAAAAUCCCUGCGUCGUACCGGUCGGGCAAGUUUGACGAGUGGAAGGCGCAGCACAACGUCAACUUCAAGACGGGCGCGGCCGAGCAGAACAGGGGCUUCGACGUGGGGCUCUCGGGCAAGAGACAGCGGGGCAGGUUUGUGCACACGAAGCAGGACGCUCCUAAACUGCCCGACAAAAACAGAGACAACUACAAAGAGCAGCUGGAGAAGGUCAAGAAGGCGGUGGAGUCUGGCCGCCACGUCAAGGGCUGGAACACCAACAAGGGCCGGGACGAGCUGCGCUCUGUGGAGCAGAUCAGGAAGACCAGAGAGGUGAAGGAGAAGAGACGGGCGAAAAAUGCCCGUCCGAGCCGCAAGAAGAAGAAAUAG